CUCUAUGGAGUUUGAAGGGUUGAAACAGCUGAGAACACACACGCCAGUGUAUUCUCCAGGAUCUAGCUCCAGCCCAUCUCAGCCUGCUUCUUCUUUCUGUGGCAGGGGCUUUGAAUGAGCCACCGCUCUGCUUGGGAGAGGUGACUGGGACGCUCGCUAAUACCCCCACCAUCACAAACACAGACCCGCUAAAGAUGGCUCUGCCCAUUAACCCCAUUGAGGAGCCACGGAUAUACCACCAGACCCUGCUGCAGGACGGGCUCUGCGACCUGCUGGAGAACAUGAAGUUUGUGGACUGUGUCCUUAAAGUAAAGGACAAGGAGCUUCCGUGCCACAGGCUGGUGCUGGCAGCCUGCAGCUCGUACUUUAAGGACAUGUUCCAGUCGGACUCGGAGGAGUGUAAGAAGAGGGAGGUCGUCCUCGAGGACGUGGAUCCCGGCGUCAUGGCGACGGUGCUGCAGUACAUCUACACCUCUGAAAUCAACCUGACAGAGAGCAAUGUCCAGGACAUAUUCAUGGUGGCUAACAUGUUCCAGAUCCCGUCCAUCUUCACCGUGUGCGUCUCCUUCCUUCGCGACCGGCUCGGUUUGACAAACUGCCUGGCCAUCUUCCGGCUGGGGCUGCUGCUGGAGUGCCGCGACCUGGCCGUGGCCGCCCGGGACUACAUCUGCGAACAUUACCAGGUGCUGGUGCGGGACCAAGACUACCAUCAGCUGGGCCCCAGCGAGCUGGCCGCCAUCAUCACCUCAGACACCCUCAAUGUGGAGAGUGAGGAGGUGGUGUUCGAGUCGGUGCUGCGUUGGGUUGCCCACGACGAGGGCGACCGGGUCAAGGACCUGCCGGACCUCCUGGAGUGUGUCCGCUUCCGCCUCAUGGACCCAAAGUACUUCUCCAACAAGGUGGAGAACCACAAGUGGAUCAAAUCCAGCCAGGAGAUCCAGACCAAGCUGCAGCUGGUCAGGGAUGCCUAUGAGGGGAAGCUUCCAGAAAGAAAAGGGGACAAAAAGUCCACAGCUGAGGAAGGCAAGAAAGAGGGGCGGCAAAAUGACAUGCUUCCAGGCAUCCUCAAUAACAAUCCCCGAUUCGGCACGUUCCUCAAAGACUUGAUGCUCCUGAUCAGCGAAACGGGGACGGUGGCCUACGACCCCGCAGAAAACGAAUGUUACGUGGCGUCUGAGUCCACCCAAAUUCCCAAGAACCACUGCAGUCUGGUCACUAAGGAGAACCAGGUAUUUGUGGCUGGAGGGCUUUUCUACAGUGAGGAGAACAAGGACGAACCCCUCAACUCCUACUUCUUACAGUUUGAUCCCAUCAACUCGGACUGGCUGGGAAUGCCCUUCCUCCCAACGCCACGGUGUCUCUUCGGAAUGGCCGAGGCGGAAAACUCCAUCUUUGUGGUGGGGGGGAAGGAGCUGAAGGAAGGGGAGCAUGUCAUGGACUCGGUGAUGAUCUACGACAGACAAUCUUUCAAAUGGGGGGAGUCGGACCCUCUGCCAUACGCGACGUACGGCCAUGGGACAGUGUCACAUAACGGGCUCGUCUACGUAAUAGGAGGAAAAGGAGAGAGCAAAAAGUGCAUGAGGAGGGUGUGUGUCUACAACCCUAAGAAGUUUGAGUGGAAGGACUUGGCACCGCUGAAACUCGCACGGUCUCUCUUCGGAGUCACUGUGCAUCAGGACAAGAUCUACGUGGCUGCAGGAGUCACGGACGCAGGCCUCACCAGCACUGUGGAAGUGUAUGACAUCAGCAGCAACACGUGGUCAGAGUUCGUAGACUUUCCACAGGAGCGCAGCUCUCUCAAUAUGGUCACUAUGGGCGGGUCCCUGUAUGCUGUGGGCGGGUUCGCCAUGAUGCCCAGCGAGGAAAGCGAAGAGCUGGUGCCCACGGAGAUGAACGACAUCUGGAAAUUUGAGGAGGAAGAAAACAGCUGGAAUGGUGUUCUGAGAGAGAUCAGCUUUGCUUCUGGCUCCACCAUUGUGGGCGUGCGUCUCAACACCCUGCGGCUCACCAAGCUCUAACCCCCCUGGCGCCGCCCUGCUGGAGAAAGAGGGAACAGAGGCUCCAAGAUGCCAUCCUGGAAGGCCUAUGAGCAUCGCUGAUUCUCUUCCCUCCCCCAUUUGUCAUAAAGAAUGAUUCAGAUUCCAACAUAACAUCUACACCAUCAGAGAGCCCCCGAUUGGAAGCCUCUUCAAAAUGAAGAGCACAUUACAUAGCAACGCUAGUCACUUCAGUUCAGAGGUGAUGAUCCUCACUGCUUUUCCUGCUGUGCCAAGCCCAGGAGUGAAAUAAACUUUGUGAUUGUGUGAUUUCACAUGUUGUUGUGAUGUACAAACUGUUUCACUUGUGUUGAAAAUGAAGAAUGAAUUUUAUAUGUACAAGUAUUAAUAGAAUAAGUAUUUGUGAUUUUAUGGGUGAAAUUUGAGAGAUUGGAGGAAGCUGAAGAGAUAUAGGGGUGUGUGUGACUGGACACGGGAGUGAAGAACCAUAGGAGGUUUGUGAAUUUUCUAAGGUAAAUGACCACAUAAAUAUUAAUCAUUUGUAUGACAUUUUUCUCAAUAAAGAAAAAAAACUUUGCUACACUUGCUUGCCAUUAAAAAAUGCUACCAUGCUCACAUAA